AGAUCCCGUAGCGGAGAUCCGUCACUCGCCGGAGAGCUGCGCCGUUCCGCAAUAAGAUGAGUACCGGGCUGUAGCGGCUCUCUCUCUCUCUCUCUCUCUCCCUCCCUCCCUCCUCCUCCUCAUCCUCCUCCUCCCAGCGCCUGUGUGUGCAGCCAGCGACAGCAGAAGCCGGUGGCGAUGGAGGCAGCGGCGGGGCAGCGGGCAGAGAGCGGGCACAACCUCCCGGGCACGGGCAAUGCAGCGGAGAGUGCGGGCGGGGCGGCUCCACCACCACCUCCACCUCCAACAAAAGAUUUCUCCCCUGUCUCGGAUGAACCGGUUUCAGAUGCAUCUGAAGCAAAGACUUCACCAUCAUCCGAGGAUUCUGCUCACCUGGCUGCAGGCUCCUUAGAGACACCAUCUCAUCCAGCUGCUGCAGCUCCAGUGCCCGUCACAGGUGAGGGAGGAGUCAAGCCUCAGGCAGCUUCCACCAAGGGCAAGAUGCAGGUCUUCACAUCUACAUCUGCAAAAUCCUCAACAGCUAGGGCCCAGGCUGCUGCCAGCUCUAAGAGGGCCAUUAAAGCUCCCAGUGCCAGCAAAUCUAUCGGCCCCGUCGCCAGCCCCAAAAGGCUCCUCUCCUCGAUAAACCAUGGCGGCACGGGUGCUAAAGUGCCGACUGCAAAGCCUCGUGACUCCGCGCCGGAGGUCAGCAGGAGUCGACUGCCAGCAGCCAAAGGGUCAAAAGCCACAGCCAGACCGGCGGCCACGCAGAAGGAAUCUAGUCACUCGCCAGACCACCGACGGGCCACAGGCGACUCUGUGGCCAAGCCAGGAGCGGGUGGGAGUGGAUGCAGCAGCCCAGGAGGUCCUGGGACCCCCAGCAACCGAUCGCGUACUUCGUCUCAUCAGUCCUCGGGGUCCACUAAGGACAUAAAGAAGGUGGCUGUUGUACGCACGCCCCCAAAGUCCCCCGCGGCUGGCAAGGCACGUCUGGCCCCCGUCGCUGCACCCAUGCCCGAUCUGAAAAACGUCAGGUCCAAGAUUGGAUCCACAGAAAACAUUAAACACACCCCAGGCGGGGGAAAGGUGCAAAUCGUCCACAAGAAGGAAGAUUACAGCACCGUGCAGGCAAAGUGCGGCUCCAAGGACAAGAUCCGAUAUAUGCCAGGAGGUGGAAACGUACAAAUAACGAGCAAGAAGAUUGAUCUGAGUCACAUCUCCUCAAAAUGUGGAUCUAAAGAUAAUAUCCAUCACAAGCCAGGUGGCGGUAAUAUCGAGAUCAAAUCACAGAAAAUGGACUUCAAAGACAAAGCCCAGUCCAAGAUUGGUUCGAUGGACAACAUCACCCACACACCAGGAGGGGGCGCCAAGAAGAUUGAAACUCACAAGCUGUCUUUCCGCGAGUCAGCUAAAGCCCGCACAGAUCACGGUGCUGAAAUCGUCUACGUAUCCCCGACCCCUUCCAACGAGGGCUCCCCUUGCCGACUCAGCAACAUGUCCUCCACUGGCAGCAUCAACAUGAUGGAGUCUCCACAGCUCGCCACACUCGCUGACCAGGUCUCGGCCUCUCUGGCCAAGCAGGGCUUGUGACUGUUGUUUUCAAGCAAGUUUGAAGUUUGCGCCUGUCUAAACGAAGCUGGCGUCUGAUCUUGCAUACACCACCUCUGGGUUUGCCUGCAUCUCUCACCAGUUACAGACAGUGGUGCUUUGUUGUCUUUUGUGUGUUCAUUCUUGAUCUGCAUUAUUUAUGCUUUUUGAGAAGUCUGGGAUGUUAGAAGUAGCUUGUCCCUUUAUUUAGAGAUUAGUUGCUAAGAUACAGAAAUGGCUGAAAUGUAAUGAAUGGUACAAAAAAAAAAAUCUAAAUCUUUUCAAGGGAAAUGGUGGCCUUUUUCUCAAGGGCCUGAAACCCACCUGGUAGAAGCUCCCGGAAGUGACACAACCUCUGAUCAGAGUCGGUUCUGUUCCCACACUGUGACACAGUGAGGUGAGAGGGCCUCGUUGGAUCGCAGCGCUUGUUCACCCGAAUGGUACUGAAGGUAAAAUGGUUGAAUUAGAAGCCCCGCCCGCAAAGGCAAAACCUCUACUCCUGCAGUGUAGAUGAUCAAGUGAUCUGACCCAAUGUUUCUCAGAUAAUUCAAAGAAUAGAUAGAAACUGUUCCAUCAGAGUGUAGGGCAUCAUAAUGAGGAUAGAGCCAAGCUCUUUAGAGGUGGUGGGAAACCCAUCCACGCACAGUGAUGACUGCAAGAUUGUGGCUAUAGGGAUCAGGGGGUAUGGAGAGAAGGCAGGUACAGGAUACCGAGUUGGAUGAUCAGCCAUGAUCAUAUUGAAUGGCGGUGCAGGCUCGAAGGGCUGAAUGGCCUACUCCUGCACCUAUUUUCUAUGUUUCUAUGUUUCUAACCCCCAGGGGAGGCUGAGGGAACUGAUUUGGUCUGAGAUUUUCCAGUCAAGGAUAUGAAUGGUGAGAGAAUCAAGGCAAAGAGUUGUAGCUAAAGUCUGAUUAACUGUGAUUUCACUGAAUGUUAAAGCAACUAAAAGGGAGGCAGGAGAUCUUCCUGUGUCUAUGUUCUCUCUCAGAUAACUCAGUAGAUUAUCUGAUUCAUCCUGUAGCAUGAGAUGGUCCUGUCUGGUCACAUACAUCCUGCCCCUUAUGCAGAGUCCAUAGCUCAGUAUACCCGCUGACUCGACUGCUAACAGUCAGCGGUCAAUGAGUCUAUGGUGCUUUAUUGUGUGAAGUGCACAGUGAUUUUUUUUUGUUACAUACAGUCCAGUAGAGUAUUGCCCCGAUUAUUGAAUAUUGCCCCGAUAUCCCUUAUUAGCAAGUGUACAGAAAUAAUAUUGAGCCUGCAUGCAUGUUUGGCCAGUCAGCGUGGCCACCCCCAAGAGAUGUACUCAGAUGACCUCUUGAGGCGGCAUUCUCUGGCUUAAUGUCAUUCGCUCGGAUUGGGAAGUUGUGAAUCUCCCAGGGCUGGGGGUGUGGCUGUCUGAGGAUCCAGCUCCAUCACUGACCCCAGUCAGCCCUGAACCUCAGAUAAGGGAAGACCCAUCUGUGCUUCUAUAGCCCAGUUUCACCAUUUAGAUCGUUUACAGCACGCAAUUGCUUGGCAUUUGUCUGUUCUGUAAUCAGUGUGAAAAGACAUUUCCAGAUAUAAGUAAGUAAGUAAGUUUAUUGGCCAAGAAUUCACAUACAAGGAAUUUGCCCUGGUGCUCCGCCCACAAGUAACAACAUGACAUAGUGACAGUUACGUAUGACUCAGAAAACACUAAACAUUAAUAAUAAUAAGACAUUAAUGAUAAAACACCAUUGAUCGAGCAUGUGAACCAACAAAAUACCAGAUCAAAGGGAGGCUACAGAAGCCCCAGAUGUGCAGACUAACCCCCCAAAGUAAGGAAUUAAUUUACUAUCAAUUCCUAUAAUCAUCUUAAGCACCUCCACUUAAGUCACCACAUUAUCUUCUAAACCGCAAGAAUACAGAUUUGUUUAUACUAUUUAACCAUUUUAGCUCCAUUAUCAUUCAGGCAGAUUUGGAAAGUCUGUGGGAAAUAUCUGAUCAUCUUUUCCACUGGAAGUUUAACUUGCUUCUACAAAAAGCUGAGCAGAGGUUGACCAGGGAACCAGAUAUUUGGGGAAGGAGAUCUCAGCCCGUUCUCAGAUUCAAUUGCUACAUCUUCCCCUGUAACUUUUCCUUAUCCUGGAACAUUAUGGUAAUAUUUUGCCUGCCUCUUUCAAGCCCUGCAGGGAUAAAGGUUUACGCUAUUUCAUCUUUUCUUGCUGAAGUGGGGUUGAUAUUGGGUGAGUGAAAGUGUGACGACAUUGCAGAAAAACCAGAACCAGUGUUCUGGAGAACGCGGACAGGUGAGGGUUCAGGUUGGGACCCUUCUGAAAUCCAUGGAGAACUUAUCCAUGUCCUCCAGAGAUGCAGCCCGGCCCACUGCGUUAUUCCAGCACUUUGUGUCUUUACUUGUAAACCAACAUCUACAGUUCCUUGUUUCUCCAAGACACAGUGUUUGACUGGUGUCCUCCAGUUCAGGAAGGAUGCCAGCUCAUGGUAGAGGGCAUCUACACAUGGAACUCAUGGUAGAGGGCAUCUACACAUGGAACUCAUGGUAGAGGGCAUCUACACACGGAACUCAUCAUCACUUCAUUUCCUGUGGGGUCACAAUCCAUGACUGUGUGGUUCGGGUGCGCUUAGGACUGAAGCUUCAUCCUCGGAUGUUGCCAUGGUGAUGCCCAAUCCUAUUGUUGUCCAUGAAUGUCUCCAUUCGUUUCUCCGUGCAGUUGUGGCCUGCAGUGACCUUAUCAAAUGAUUUUAUUGUCUGUUGGACCUUCCCCCAAUUGGUACCACUGUCUUGACCACUGUCGUCCAAUCAACCGUUCUUGUCUCACCAUUCAUUGGUCUCAUUUCGUCUAGUUUCUCUGGACUUUGGUGUCACUGCCUUUUGAUUUUGAAUUUGAUUAAUCCCAAUAUCUUUGGUUUGACUCACCAAUGGUGUUGCGUCUCCUUUGGCUUCAGUAAGCAUUGAUCUUGUUGUCGAUCUCAUUAUCUAAUGUUCUCAAUAUCUCUUAGAGCUAUACAACACAAAAACAGGCCCUCCUGUCCACCUUGUCUAUUCCAGCCUAUUUGCUAUACUGGACUAGUCCCAUUUACCUGCAUUUGGCCCAUAUCCCUCUAAACUUUUCCUAUCCAUAUACCUUGGAAGUCAUCAUUGUAACCACUUCUUUAGAUUCCUCUGGCAGCUCAUGUCCCGGAUAGGGACAACCCUCUGAGUGAAAAAGUUACUCCUAAGGUCCUUCUUAAUUCUCUCCUCUCUCUUGCAUCUAUGCCCCCUAGUUUUAGAAACCUCUCCCCCAGGAAAAAUACUGUAAACUUUAAUUUUAUUCAUGCUCCUUGGUGGUCUUGUGCAUCUCAAUAAGGUCAUCCUUCACACUUAAAAAAAAAGUCCCAGCCUCUCCCUGUAAUUCGAGCCCACAAGUCCAGUUAACAUCCUGAUGAAUUUCUUGUGCAUAUUUUUCCAACUUAAUGACAUCCUUCCUGUAGCUGGGCGACCAGCACUGCGCACAAUGCUCCAAGUGUGGUCUCACCAAUGCAUUGCAACACAAUUACCUAAUCUUUGUGCUCGAUAUGCUUCCCAAUGAAGGCAAGCACUCCAAACACCUUCACCACCCUGUCCACUUGACUCUCCAUUUUCAGGGAACCAUCCACCAAUGCUCCCAACUCUCUCUGUUCUACAAUUCUCUCCAGGCUCUACCAUGUACUGUGUAAAUCCUGCCCUGUUUUGAUAUACUAAAUUGCACCACCUGACACUUGUCGGAGUUAAAUUCUAUUUGUCAUUCCUUGGCCCACCUUCCCAACUGAUAACUAACAAUCUCAAUGCUCACUGGUCUCACUGUUACUUGGAUUCACUGCCUUACCUUCCAAUGGCCUCAGUUGAUAGAUUUCAUUAUCCACUUAUCACACCUCUGAGGAAUUUGACUGUUCAUUGGUCUUGAUCUCCAUAGAUCUUCUCUUGUUGUUGGUUGGUCUCAGUUGUGGGUUGUCUCAUCGGCCACAGAUCGAUUGGUAGAUCUCACAGCACUGAUCCCAAACAAUCCCACUACUCUACCUUGAUCUCAAUAUUCAUUGUUCCGCCCUUCCAUUUAGACUCACUGCCCAGCGAACUCUCUGUUAAUGUAUCUCAGUAUAAUUUAUUGAUUAUAACACAGGAACCCAUUCAGCCAGGUUCAUGCAAACCCUCAGCAGAGCAUCCCAUCAAUUCUAUUCCUCUAAUUUUCCUGCAGUCUAUUCAUUCCCAUUUGAUAUUUCUUUACUACUUAUCUGGAAGUAGGGUACUUUACUGUCGCCAACUAACCUACCUUUGGGAUGUGAGAUGAAACAGAAUCAUCCAGGGAAACCCACCCAAUCACAGGAAGAACAUGCAAACUCCACAGACAGCAGGUCACCAUUGAAUCCAGGUCAAUGAGCCAGUUGCUCUUUACCACUGUCUUGCCACUUUGCUUCAUGGCGUAUGUGCCUUCUUGCCCCUCUAUCCCAUGGUCCUGCUGUCCAUUGCUCCCACUGUCAAAUUUUCUAACUGCCCAUUGGGGGUGGUCAUUUAAACUGAGGUCCGUAGGAAUUUCUCUUCACACAGAGCAGUGAAUUGUGGAAUUAUGUGAUCUGGUGACUGGAUCAUUGGGGUUAUUUAAAGAGGAGGUGGAUAAAUGUUGAAAGACCAGUGAACUCGGGGGAACUGGCGCAGAAGAGGAAAUGCAGCCUGGAGCAGUUUAGCCAUGAUCAUAUUGAAUCGAGGGGCCAAAUAGCCAACUGCUGUUCCUAUUUUCUGAUGUAUUUGUGCUGAUCUUAUGACCAUCAUUUUUUUCUGUUGAUAGAUCUCGCUACCCACUCACCUUUGUUGAUUUGUUUCAUUAUUUUUUGACUUACCAUUUCACUGUUCUAAACAUCCAUUGACUCAACCAUCUCUUGGUUUCAUUGUCCAUUUUGUUGCUGCAAGACCCGAUUGGCCAUAUAUCCCUCUGUCUGUUGGAUCUUAUUAUUCAUGAAUCCCAUUGUGGAUAAAUCACACCACUGUUGGGUAGGCUGACAUCUUCACUUUCAUCGGGAGCAAGGAAUUCCAGAGAUUUGCCAUUCUGUAAGAGGGAUAAUUUGUACAUACUUCACUUUUAGACUAGUGGCCCCUUUUCUAGUACUCUGUCCACUCAUUCCUGAACUUCUGCCAGGAGCUUUUAAUUUCCACAAUAACCUUUGAUGCAGCAUCUGAACAAGAGCCUUCUGAAAUCUUACAAUGCCACGUCCACUGAUGCUAUUUUACCCACAACACAUGUUGCUUCUUUAACGUUCCUUGCAUACCUCUGCAGUUCCUCCCUACACAUUGCUUCUUUGAAUAACUCCAACCAUGCCUCCCAAGGUCAGGAUCGAACCAGGUCACUGGAAUUGCAACGCAGUGGCUCCAUGCAUUAGCACUAAUCCCCAGUCCACUGCAAUGGGUGUCUAUAAUUCUCGAUGUUCACUGAUAGCGUUGCUGCUCAUCUCACUAUCCUUUGACUUCAAUGACCAUUGAUCACUGAACAUUUAUAAACGAUUUUUUAAUUUCAUUGGUCGCAUUGCUAUCAAUGUUUUAAUAUCAAUUGUGAAACCAUCUAUUGGCCUCACAAUUCAAUGGUCUCUGUUUCGAUCGCCCCUGUUGUUUGAUCUCCUGGCACGCCGGUGUUGUUAUCCUAUCACAAUGCCCAUUUAUGGUGAUACUCAUUAGCCUUUUAUAGUCACGCAACACAGAAAUAGGUCCUUCUGCCCAACUCAUCCAUGCUGACCAAGGUGCCCCAUCUAAGUUGGUCCUAUUUGUCCACGACUGGUCCAUAUCCCUCUAAGCUAUCCAUCCAUGCACCCUGUCCAAAUGUCUUUUAAAUGUUGUUACUCUACCUGCUUCAACUACUUCCCCUGGCAGCUCGCUCCAUACACCUCUGUGCCUCCUGUGUGAAAACAUUGUCCCUCAGGUUCCUGUCUUUCCUCUAUCACCAAAACAAAUGCCUUCUAGUUAUUGAUUCCCCCCAUGCUGGGAAAACCACUGUGUGCAUUCACCCUAUCUAUUUCCCUCAUGAUCUUAUACAUCUCUAUAAGAUUACCCCUCAGCCCCUUGCACUCCAAGGAAUCAAAUCCUUGCCAGCCCAAACUCUCCUUGUUGCUCAAACUGAACACAACACGCAAGUGCGGCCUCAUUAAUGUCGUGCCAUUGUAACAUAGCUUCCCCAAAUUCUAUAUUCAAUUUGCACGUGGAUGAAGGCCAGUGUGAUAAAAGCCUUCAUCACCACCCUAUCUACCUGUGACUCCACUUUCAGCAAACUAAGUACUAUCCUUUGAUCCUGGCACCUCAUGGCCUCACUGUCCAUUGGUACGGCACUGUGUGUGUUCUCACUGCCCACAGAUCUCAUUGUUCUUUGUCAUAUUACAUUUUGAUCUUGGUGCCUUUUGAUAUUCCUCUAGAGAUCUCAAUCCCAUUGGAUGUGCUGCACCAUGUAUCACUGCUUUUUAGCUUGGUGGUUUCAAUGUUUCUGUCUGUUGAUAUCGCUGAACAUUUACUUACUGUAACACAGACUGAGAACACUCAGCCCAUUGUGUCGAUACUAGCUCCCAGCAGAGCAAUUAUGGGGAUGCCCUACAAUUGAAUCUCUCCUACACUUGCUAGCAAUUCUACUUUAAUUAUUUUAACAAUUUAGCUGCAAUAUUGGGCAAGGGGCUCCGUUGUCAACGUAUGAGUACGGUUAUGCAGGCUCCUUCAAGAACCUAAUGGUUGUAGGAAAGUAGCUGUUCCUCAAACUGGCAGUGUGGAAUUUAAGACCUUAGUAUUCCCUGCCCAAUGGCAGAAGGGAGAAGAGAGCAUGGCCUGAAUGAUUGGGAUCCUUGAUGAUAGAUGCUGCCUUCUUGAGGCAAUGCCUCAUGUAAAUGUGUUCAGUGGCGAGGAGGGAUUUGAUGGGCUGUGCUGGGCUGAGUCAGGUCCACCAUUGUCUACAGCCUCUUGCAUUCCUGUCUGUUGGAAUGUCUCAUGAAGCAACCAGUCAGGAUACUCUCUACAGUACAUCAGUAGAUGUUCGUACCUAGUAGAACUCAGUACCUGGUAGGAGUAUAAGAUGAUGCAGUGAAUCCCUUUAAACAUCUAAGUAGAAGUGUUGGGGCUUCCUGAUUACAUUUCUGUGCUAGCCCAGGAUAGACUGCGUGUUACAUAUUCCAAAUGUUCUUUGGUUAAGAAUAUUUUCCACUGAAUCCCCCCCCCAAUCUACUUCAAGGCCUCUGAACUCUGAAAGUAGGGGUUCCUGUGGUUCAGAGUGAAUCUCCAUUCAUCAUUCUGCAUAUUGCCCAUCAUUUCACUUGCCAUCAUCAGACCUCUAAUGAUCUCCUGCCCAGUGAUCAAUGAUGUAGUCCAGAAAAAUCACUAAAUUAUGCAGUAGACAAUAGGUGCAGGAGUAGGCCAAUUUAGCCCUUCGAGCCAGCGCUGCCAUUCACUGUGAUUAUAGCAGAUAAAUUCACCUAUUUGUCUUCAAGGGACCCACAUUGGUCAUAAUUUUUUUUUUUCCCUCUUCACAUACUUUUACUAUCCUCCGUUAUAUUCUUGGCUAGCUUACCUUCAUACCUCACCCGUUCUCCCUGUAGUUAUCUUCUGUUGCUCUUUAGGUUUCCCAAUCCUCUGGCUUCCCGCUCAUCUUUGCAAUGUUAUACUUCUCUUUUAUUUUUAUACUGUCCUUGACUUCCCUUGUCAGCCACGGUCGCCUCUUACUCUCCUUAGAAUCUUCCUUCCUCUUUGGAAUGAACUGAUCCUGCAAUGAUUCACAUCCCUCUGUUCUCUUGCUGCCAAUUGUUCCCGAUGAAACCAUUGAUUCCAUUAAUUCUUCAUCCUGCUGCCCAGUGGUUGGUUGAUAUUUCUCUCUACCUGACUAUGUCCACUGAUCUCACUACCCUUCGGCCUUUCCAUUCAUACCACUGCCCAUAGAUCACAUUCUCUGCUCUUUGACCUGUGAAACCUGCUGACACCGCUCUCCGUUGACCCCGCUGUACACUGUAUCUGUCCAUGUACCUCAGUCUGAUGGUCCUGCUCACUUGCAUCCCAUCCGUUUCACUGAGAAUUAGUCGCCGGCCAUUGAUUACACUCUCCACUGAGCUCACUGUCCCCUUAGCUCUGGGCAGUACAGUGGCCCUGCUAGUUGAUGCACAGCUCCAGCGACCCAGCUUUGAUCCUGCUGUCAGUGUUGAGUUUGCACUCUCCCUGUGACCAUGUAGGUUUACCAUAGGUUCUUCAGUUUCCUCCCACAUCCCAAAGACUCACAGGUUGGAAUUAGCCUCUUUAUCUGACUGUCCAUCUGCUGUAACCAGGUCUGGUGACUAACCACAGAAGGACUUGUGACGGUAUGUAGCAAGUGUUCACUGGAUUGAUUCCUGGGAUGUGGGGAGUGACCUAUAGGGAGAGAUUGAGCAAACUGGACCAAUAUAUUAUAGAGUUUAGAUGAAUGAGAAGUGAAACAAGCAAAUUUCCUCUGAGGCUAGACAGGGCUAAUCAGCAGAGACGAUCUCCGUGCCGGGGUGAACAGGGCCAUCGUUCUCAGUGUCAAAACAAAGACUCACCCGUUCAGGGCUGAGACCGGAACAAAUGUCUUCACCCAAGGAACAAUACAUUUUGGAAUUCUCUGUCCCUGGAGGUUUAGUCACAGAAUAUAUUCAAGACAAGAGAUACGUUUUGGGAUACAAAGGGAAUAGAGGGACAUGGAUCAGAGCAGGCAAAUGGGACUGGGAUAAAUUAUCAGCCAAAAUCUCACUGAAGGCAGAGCUGAGUAGUGACUGUGGGCUUUAAUCCUCGAUUCCAAAGUAGGAAAUCCCAUUUGCCAGUAAAUUAUAUAUCAGUGAAGUCACGUUGAUUUGAUCACCAAUUCUCAGACAGGCCAACAUUACAUCAACCUUUAUCCUGCCCCAAAUGCCAGGUGCGUGCAAUCAGCACCCGACAGUCGAUGACUGAACAGUGAAAUUGGAGCUUGUAAAUGCCCUUUGCCUCGUUGCCUGGAGAUCCAGUGCAGGCUGGAUCAGCAGGCAGUGGGCGAGACGGAAUGUGGGUGCAGUUGAGGGAAGGACUCAGUGGGCUGAUUAUUUUACAACAAACACGUCCUGAUCUUAAUGAUAGGUGAGAGAAUCUAACCCGCUGAGUCACUCUGUGAACUGCAAGGACAAGAGUGACUCGGACCCACUUAACUCCUAGGCAGUGAUGUGUGGGAUUUACUUUCCAUGUGCAUUAAGGAUCAGAUAAGGGUAUUCAAGGGAAUUCAGUUGUUAGGUUCCAAGUUUCUUGAAAAGGACUGAGAAAGUGGGAAAGCUGUUCCUUGCGAGAGAAGUUUCUCCUCCUCCCCAUGUAGCGUUCCCUGGGCUCAGACAGCUCAGUGCCAACAUGAAAGUGAUGUUGUGAUAGUAUAUGUUGUUUCUUAAAGCUUUCCCUUCGAGGUGUGAGAUGGUAAUCCAAUCCCAAUGGCAGCAUCUUUGCUAAUGUUCAGUGGCUUUGCUUGUCUGUGAAUGCUCAAUGCUGUAACUUUGAAUCAUUGGUUUACAUUGUUGCUGUAAAAGUUUGGAAAUAAAGUCUGUGUUCCAAGA